AUGACUUCGUUUGGAGCAACGAAAAUUAUAUCUGAAGGCGGUUACAUGCCAACAUUCAAAGUUCAAGGCCAAAUAUACCACAAAAUCGGUUCAUUGCUCGCAGUGCCACAACAAGAUGCGAAAUUUCUGCAAAUUUAUUUCACUGGAAAUGAUGCACUAGAAGUAGACAAGCGUUGCGCAAUUAGUUCUGGGAUCCGACGCGAAAUUAUUUCAAGCUUGCAGGCAAUGUUCCAUGAACAAAACAAUUUGAUUCGCCUUUUUAAAACAGCUCUGGAUCAAAUGCCAUCAGAUGACUAUAGUGUUGUUAUUAAAGCAGACAAAGCUCCUGCUGGUGAACAUGAAAGGCGCUUCAAUGCUCCAGUAACAGGGGAUGUUGCAAUUGUAAUAGUUGGCACCGAAUUCGAUCGACGUGACAUCAUUAUCCACCGGCGAAAUGCUAAUGUGCAGAGAGUAUCGGAAACACAUCGAUCGUAUGAUGCACUCCAAUAUCCAGUGCUGCUUCCCCAUGGAGAAGAAGGAUAUCAUUUCAACUCAGGCAAGUCGACCCCAGCACAAGUGAAGCGACGACAAAGAAAGUGUCCUGCAUGGAUUAUUAUGCAAACCGCAUUAUGA